AUGGAUCUCUCCUCUCUCUCAUCCAACCAAAACUACAGACGUCCCGAUCGACUUCAACCAGCCAGACCACCAAGUCCAGACGCCAAGAGCACAGCAAUGGGCAUCUUCGACAAACUCCUAGCAGAACAAAAGCAAAAAUAUCAAGGUGGCGGAGGAACAAGAACGUCCACAGCCACAGCUACACCUCCACAAUUCAACAGCGACCACUACGGCCGAGGCGGCUCACUAUCGCAGCGCACCACCACAUCGCCAUCCUCCCCCUUCAAUCCCAGAUCAAUGGUACCACCUCGCUCAGCCAACGACAUCAACAACAGUGUGAUGGGCAACCUCGUAGGCGACCUCAACGCCUCCAGAGAAGAAUCCUUGCGACUCACGCCCAGUCUAGGUCGGCAAAUUCGCGUCACUGAGGUCUUUGACUUGACCAAGACUAUUCAGUUGCUAGAGUCGAGAAUCAACAGUCGAGGAAAUGACGCAGGGCCAGCUGAAGAAGAUGAAGAGGAGGGAGAGGUGGAGGCAGCUGUUUAA